GUGGCGGAGGCAAUCGUCCACGCCGGGGCCCGCAACAAGUGGGUCCAUUUCCCGAGGACGUCGGAGGAGAAGGCGGCCGUGAAGGAAGGGUUCCUUCGACGCGGCUCCAUUCCCGGCGUCAUCGGAUGCGUGGACGGCAGCCUUAUAGCCAUCGUCGCACCGAAGGGCGAGCAGAAGGCGGCAUUCAUGUGCCGCAAAGGCUACUACGCCCUCAACACAAUGUUCAUCUGCGACGCAGGCAUGCGGAUCCUCGCCGUCGACGCUCUGCGACCGGGCUCAGACCACGACGGCCACGUCUGGAGAACUACGUGGUUGCGUCGUCGGUUCCUGGAGGGGCAUAUUGCCAAGGCCGGCGAACACCUCCUCGGUGACAGCGGCUACCCCCUGGAACCAUGGCUCCUGACCCCAGUCACAGGCCACCUUCCCAUACACACUGCAGAAGGCAGGUACAACACUGCACAUGCUGCCAUGCGGUCCGUAGUGGAGCGGUGCAUUGGGCUUCUGAAGAGCCGCUUUCGCUGCCUUCAGCGGUACCGCGCCCUCCACUACGAACCAGACCGCGCUGCCAACAUCGUUGCAGCAUGUGCAGUGUUGCACAACUUGUGUCUUGAUGAAGGUGACGUGUUGUUGGAUGAUGCUAGUGAUGACAGCAGCAACAGCAGCAGUGACGAUGAAAGUGGCAACCCCUCCCCACAGAGAGUUCCCCGAGUGAGGGCAGCACGCAUGAUGCACCUGAGAGGCUGUGCUGCCCGGGAUAAUAUUAUUCGCUCAUUUGGCACGACACGGCAGCAGCACCAGCACUACCUGCAAAGGGUGCGAAGGCGGCUGCGUCGACAGCAGCAAUAAACACGUGCCUGACACUGCAGGCAGAUGUUUAUUACUGCUGUCUACACACCUAAUAGAGAGCAGGAACCAAUGUGAAGAAAUGUGUGCAAUUAGUGGAUAGCGUGCUGUUUUUUUAUCGAGUAUGCUCAAUCAUAACCAGCGUUUUCACGUGCCCUCUGCCAGUGAGCUGUCACUACCGGAGAUGAUUGCAUCAUUCCACUGUGACACUACAUGAGAGCCUUUCAUUUAGUACCUGUGGAUAGAACACUUUGUGUUCAUCAACAGAAUGUUGUAGCCACUUCUCUGGGCAGCUGGGGUUCGCCAAAUGAUUUGCUGCUGCUGCUGUUGCUUCUGUCAUCACCGACACUGUCACCGCCAUCUGCACUGUGCAUGGGAGGCUGGUCUUCGUCUCCUCGCUUCCUAUUUGGGCUGCUGCCAAGCACAACACUUCUCGCUCCACCAUGUGUACUGUUCUCACGUACCUUGUAGGCCCUGCGCUGUUUCGCCACACAGCCACCGCACAGUUCCUUGAGAGAAGGCCAAGUUAUGCCGAAAACUAUCGCCUGGCAUGUCAAGCGCGUUCUUCUCCCUUGGGAGAGUGUACAUGUGUAAAUAGAGUUCUGAAAUUGAAGGAACACACAUUGUGAAUAUUCAUUUCAAGUACCACUUGUAUUGUUUAAAAUCGUUUAUUUAUAUCUGCAUUGUAAAUAAAACCAUGUGAUCCAUCUUCAAUGCCAUCUUUCAUCAAAGCAAAUGGCAGACAAGUACACAGAGCAUGGCUUCAUGGCGCCAAAAUAGCCGUGUGAUGUUCACUACAUGGGACCCAGUACACUACCAAUGGGCCCUUGGCAGAUGUUAAAUUGCAUAAAUAUGACACGAGCAUAAUGAUGUUUUUUUUUUUUUUUUUGAACUCGCGGACGACCAUUUAUCUUCAUUCAGCAACUUAACAGCAAGAAAGAUAUCUUGUCUAUUAUGUAGUUGGCAUGUUUGUUGCACAAAACAGUUUCUUUUCAAUGACUAGUGCCGUAAUAAGAUCACAAUAUAAAACAGCCAUGACAUGCUUUUAAGGAACGACAAGUGAGAAAAUGCUUGGCACUUCAACGGUAUUUCAUAUAACGGCUGCAAGAGCAGCCUGGCAGUGAAUGACAAUAUAGCGGCCACAUCGAUGGCUCCGUUGCUUAUGUCGCAAACUGUGCUCAACUACAAUGGGGACAAGGUUGUAUUGCUAUCAUAGGUAAGGACACCUGAAAUAUCACAGUAACCAUCAGAAGUAACAGGUGCUUGGUGUUACCAGUGGCUACGUUAUCAAGAAUAUUUUGAUACGCAUGCGCAAGCCUGGUCUGCCUGUGUAUAAACACACAUGCUUCUCGCAAUAAAGCGCUCUUUCAUUUCCUGCUGCUCGGCUGCCUACAUGGUGUCAGAAGUGGGAUCGCAGGAGCGGCGGUUGACUGCAAAAUCGACACGGGAGCCAACUGCUGAUGCCUGAGAUGAUGCUCCGAAAACUAUCUACACAGUCGGUACAGCCAUGCUCGACCACUUUGCGCGCCUUCUUCGGCCACAAGCAAACAGCUUUUCAGAAAAUCACCUUGACUACAUCUUACAAGGCUCGCAGUUGUCUAGCAGAAUUUUUUAUCGUACCCCAGGCCGUUCCAGUAACAAUCAGCGGCAAUAUUGCAGAACGCUUGGGACUAAUAAUCCGCGUACGCUCCGUCGAUGCGCGGCCAAUGCAGGACCCAAGCGCCGGAUUUGGUGAUGUAUUCCAAGACCUCGGAGAACUGAAGGGUGUUGCGUGCCACAUUCAGCUCAAGCCAGGUGCACGAGGCAGCGUCAAGCCAGCCCGAAGGGUGGCGGUUGCUCUUCAAGAACGCGUGAAACAGGAACUCGGUAAAAUGGAGCGCGACCUCGUCAUUGCAAAGGUAACUGAACCUACUGUCUGGUCAAGUCACAUGGUCGUAGUGGUUAGAAACGACAAAGUACGCAUUUGUUUAGAUCCUUCGGAUUUGAACAAGGCCUUGCUGAGAGAGCACUAUCACAUGCCAACAUUAGAAGAUGUUGUUCCGCGCCUGCAUGGGGCAAAAUACCUUUCAACUUUAGAUGCGUCAUCAGGGUUUUGGCAAACUAGGCUUGACGAAGAAAGUUCAUUAAUAUGCACCAUGAGCACUCCCUCCGGCCGCUACAAAUUUCUGCGCAUGCCCUUUGGAAUUGGCUCUGCCCCGGAAAUUUUUCAACGGGCAAUGCACCAAGUAGUAGAAGGCUUAAGUGGCGUCGCCGUUGUAAUGGAUGAAAUUCUAGUCUGGGGAACGUCUCAAGAAGAGCAUGACAGUAACCUAGCAGCUUUACUUGUGCGCUGCAGGGAGCACAAUGUAAAGCUAAAUAAAAGAAAGUGCCAUUUUUCGCAGCCGCAAGUUCGCUACAUGGGACAUAUCCUCACACAAGAAGGACUUUCCCUGGAUCCCGGGAGAGUGGAAGGCAUUUUGCAAGUACCGCCACCGAAAAAUUGUAAGGAGCUGCAAAUUUUUCUUGGGAUGAUUAACUUCGUGGCGCGCUUCAUCCCCAACAUGUCUUCCCUGUCCGUGCCCCUCCGGGAACUAUUGAAAAAGAACGCGGCAUGGCUCUGGAC